AGAGACUGGCGACUCUGACCGUUGAGUUAACCUUGGAAGCUCCCCGGCAGCUUCAGAUGGGAAGGGUUAGGGGACAGGGCAGGAGAUACUUUGUCAAACAUAUAAUAAGUACAGGACUAUGAGUGAUAUCCCAAAAUGCUGGACACUGGAGCAGUUAGCGGAAGAUGGCAGCACUGAGGAUGCAAGCUACCUUUAAAAACCACAAAAGAAGAAGUAGAUCGUCCGCGGCAGAGCACAGGCGUAUACGCCACAUAUCAACACCAUAGACUUAUCACACACACCAUAUUUUUUGGCUAACCUAAACCAAUUUUUUUAUAUUAAUAACAAACAAAAAAUUGAAAUCUUUAAUAUCGGAUUUGCUGAUCAACAGAAGCGUUACGCCUGCAAAAUAUGCAAAAGAUGCCCGGUCAACUUGAGAGCUUGAAGCCCAGAAAGAGGAAGAGCAGCUCCAGAAAGGCUUCUACUACAAGGAGGAAAUGUGUAAAGAGUCCGAUCAUGCAGCCAGCAGCAGCAGCAGCAGCAGCAGCAGCAGCAGCAGGGAGCAGUUCAGCGGUCGAUGGGCUCAGUAAAGCAGACGGCGCUGUUGAAAGACUCUCUGCCAUCAGCUGUGAGUGCCAGCAGUCUGCAGGCAGGAAGAGAUGCUCUGCUUCCCCAGAGCUGGAGGGACAGGAGGGCAAAGAAAACGAAGUGAGGACGGGGCUGGAGGUGGACAGCUGCAGAGUGAACUGCGUUUGGGACAAACACGAGUCCGAGGACAUGGAUUGUGAGGAAAGCAGCAAAAACAUUUUCCCAGAUGACGACAGUAAUCAGAUUCUGCCCGUGGAGCAGUUCUUUGGAAAUCUGGAUGCUGUACAGGAUUUCCCUCAAAGACUGCCAGCGUCCUCCGCCCGUGGUCAGAGCGACAACGCGGGGAGACGGAGACGCCAUUACUACGCAGCCGAGAACAGUGAUGAAGAGGAGGCAGGUGUGAGCAGCAGAGGGGACACUUAACGAAGAGUAACUGAACUGAUGUCUCAGAGUGAGGCCUGAGGGACUGAAAAAGGCUCGGCACUUUUUCAAAAGCAGCUUUAUCAAUCAGUUAAAUCAAAACACUGUCACAGGAACCUGCUGUUAGCCUAAUGUUGCUAACGACUUGCCAUUAUAUGUGGAUUUGCUUUUAAGCUACUUCCAGAAGCCGCCAUGCGCUGAGGAGAUCGUCAGAACACAGAAACUUGAGCAAGUUCUUGAACAGUUACAAUGGUUGACUUGACAAACCGUCCCAACGCACAAAAAAUGCUAAAUUGUUUUCAAACUUGUUCCCAAAUACGUUGUCGGUUAAUUUGAUACGUGAUAAACAUAGCUGCAGUACAGGGAUUAUAACUGUAGAGGACGUGUACAGUAGUUAUUAUUUAUUGCUGAAUUUAAGCUCACACCACUCAUGGUUCAGUUAAGUCUUACCUGGAGGGAGCACUUUAUUUACACAUGACAGUACAAACUGCUUCAUAUUGUCAGUGAGAUUAGCCGUGAGAUGCCAAACAGCGCUUGAUUAAAACUUAAAGAUGUAGAUUUGUACAAAAAAUUGCGCAAAUCUACAUCUUUUGUAAGAAUACAUGCACCAAAGAGCUGUUUCAUAACGAAAGCUUUUAAUAUCACAGAGUCGUGGUUUAGAAUGAAUUUCAUUGUUCACCAAGUGUCUAAUGUUCCUCAUCAUCUUUGUGUGCCCAGUUCGGGCUUUAUGGCAGCUGCUUCAUACAACACAUCUGUAAAAUAACCAAUAUAAAGUAUAUCAGUGCAGCUAGAUAUUUUCCCUGAGGAUCACAUAGGCAAACAUGACAGAAAUCUAUACAGAAUGCAUAAAAAAAGAGUUUUAUCAGAAAUGUUUUUAGUCAGUUGGCGUGUAGAGGAUAACUUAAACCUGACUUUAAAAAUGUAAUCUUUGAGGGUAAGUUCUUGCACUAGUGCUCCUCACUCUUAUGCCACUUACUGCCUGAGUGAAAGCCACAAAGUAAUAAUCCAUGCAUUUUCUAUAGUGCCAACACGGAGAACAUAAUAAAUGUUUUCAUGAUUUCAAAAUAAACGUGUAAUCCUUUCGUCUGACGAA